AUGCUUGACGAUGUUCGAUGGGGCCAGGUACUACCGAUCAUCAUGGUCUUCGGAGGCUGCAUCUGCUCGACAGUCGCCAUGGAGGCCGUGCUGAAAGGGGAUCCUCAGGCAGGGAAUCUGUUCAGCCUGUCCAAGACUUUGUUGCUGUUGCUGCAGGGCCUUCCUGGGCGAUUCUCGGGCUUCAAACCAGCCCGUGUUGCAGCGCCGCUGUCAAGCCACUUGCAAUUCGCGUUGUUGUGGAGCACGAUGUCGAUUUUAGCAAACUACGCUUUCUCUUUCAAGAUUAGCAUGACGAUGUUUACGCUGGUGCGGUCGAGCAACCUCAUUGCGACCGUAGUUCUGGGUAGGCUCUUUUUCUGCUAUCGGUAUAGUCGGAAACAGAUCCUCUGCGUUUGCGCUGUUUCCAUCGGCGUAUUCUUGGCAUCGAUGGGAGAGGCCAAAAGUAUCCGCGCUCCCUCUGCGAGUUGCAGUGAUUGCUCAGACGCAGUACCUGCCCGCGCGAGGACGGACGAUGCAAGCGUGUCGGAUGACUCUCUUUGGAUCUGGAUGCUGGGCAUGAUCUUGCUUGCCCUGGUUCAGCUGCUGCAGGGCGUCCUGGGCUUCGUCCAGUCUGGAUUCUACCAGAAGUAUGCGCACUUAGCAGACAGGAACCAGCUCAGCGACGAGUACCUGUUUACGUCUCAGAUAGUUGCCCUCGUCCCACUGAUACUCAUGUUCGAGGACCUCGGUCUGGCCUCGAGCAUCUCGGCCGCGCUGCGCUCCGAGGCCACCCCUCUCGCGCCCGUCCCCUCGAGGGUGGCAUGGCUGAUCUUUCACGGCGCCGCAGACGUCGUUUGCCUGAAGGGAGUCUUCCGGACCAGCUCCAUCGUGUCCCCUUUGACGUUGGGCAUCAUCCUGACCGUGAGGAAGUUUCUCUCCACCAUCGUGUCGGUCGUGUGGUUCGAAAGCCCUUGGACGGUCCUGCACAGCAUAGCUGCCGUCCUCAUAUUCAGCGGCUCGCUCGCUUACUCCGAGGUGGAGAAUACCACCAAGAAGUCCGACUGA